AGUGUCCUUCAUGCCGUUACCUGUCAUGAAAAAGUGGUGAUUGUUCAAAAAGAUAAUGCAGAGUCCCUGGGAAUGACGGUGGCAGGAGGUUGUUUAUCUUCGCACAGGGAAUGGAAUCUACCUAUUUAUGUCUUAAGUGUGGAACUGGGUGGCGUCAUCAGCAGAGAUGGCCGGAUCAAAACAGGAGAUAUUCUGCUCAGCGUGAAUGGAAUUGAUCUGACAGGUGUCAGCCGUGGAGAGGCCGUAGCCCAUUUGAAAAAUGCCUCCUCAUCCGUUGUGUUCAAAGCACUAGAACUGAAAACGUGUGAAACCACAGAAGGAGAAAACGGGGACUUAUUGAGCGAUGCCAAUUUGAGCUCCUCAAGUCAGACCGAGUGGUCUCCUUCCUGGGUGAUGUGGCUUGAAUUACCAAGGUCUUUGUACAGCUGCAAAGAAAUUGUAUUGCGAAGAAAUACAGCAGGAAGUCUCGGCUUCAGUAUAGUGGGAGGUUAUGAAGAAAACAGUGGAAACAAACCAUUCUUUAUCAAAUCCAUUGUUGAAGGGACUCCAGCAUACAAUGAUGGAAGAAUCAGGUGUGGCGACAUGCUCCUUGCGGUGAACGGCAGGAAUAUCUCAGGGAUGGCGCAUGCAUCUUUGGCAAGGAUGCUAAAAGAACUGAAGGGGAGACUUACUCUCACUAUUGUGUCCUGGCCUGGCACCUUUUUAUAAAGAUGUAUUUCAAUUGGAAAGAAACGAAUUCUUGUGUACUGGACUUUUUUUCUUCUUUUUUUUGGGUAGCAAAGUAUAAACUUGCACUAGAAGGGUCUUAAAAUGCACCAUAGGAGGUUUGGAAAAAAAAACACGCUCUCUUAAAGCUAUGGAAAGCUACUGGUGUAAAAUCAAGGUACACAACUUCUUGUAAUAUGUUUAAUGCUUUUGUUUUUUUAUAUCUAUGUUUCACCUGCUGUUUAGAUAUAAAGAAGGAAACAAUUUUACCUAAUUUGAAAGUGAUUUCAGAAUGAAAUACUUGUCUAAUGAUUUACGCUGACAGCGUGCGAGCAAGACACAGAAAGGCUAGAUGAUGGGUCUACGAAAGUCCUUGUUGUGCACAGUCA